AACGAGAUUUUUCAUCGUGAAUCCGGUACAAAUUGCGAAUCCAGUGCCGCAAUGAAAAAGUGAAGAAACAGCUGGAACAUGGCCUGCCACAGUGACAGUACGAGCGGUCUUGAGCACCACUGUGGUUGUGGUGGUCACUUUGUGAAAUAUAUGCACUGCGUCACCUUUCCCCCCACAAAACUUGCUUUUACUGUAACAGCUGAUGUGUAGCACUCCGGCUCGCCUUGGAAAUGAGAGCUGCAGUCGGCGGGGAGGGGUUGCCCGAGGAAUCCCCGGCAGCCAGGCCGCAGUGCCUUAUCUCCGGGCGCUCUCGCUUUCCACAGUGCACUCUGGGCGGACAGCAGAAACGCAAACAGGUUCUGCCGGAGUUUGUCUCCGACUCGCAGCUCAACUGCGUGGGUGGAGUCUCAGUCGGAAUUAGGAAUGUAGCUCGGCACAGCCGACCAAGGGAGAGUAAAGGGUAAGGACGAAAAGGAAAGAAGAACAGGAAAAUAACAGAGAAAUUCAUACAGAAGGAAAAGCAAGAGGAACAUACCUGGAAAGGCUGAGUCUCCUCCCCCCUCCCUGCUCCCCGCCCCCUCUGGCCUUGCCCUGCCAUGGCCCGCCGCUCCCAGAGCUCCUCCCUGGGGGACAACCCCAUGGACCCCAGCUACCUGCCACCCCACUACCGCGAGGAGUACCGGCUGGCCAUCGACGCGCUGGUGGAGGAUGACGUGGAGGGCUACUACGAGUUCCUGCACGGCCAGGAUGUGGUGGACUUCCUGGCGCAGCCGGAGAUCGAGCACAUCAAGCGGACGGUGCUGGCGCCGCGCAUGGCGACCCAGCCGGAGUUCUCCUACACGGAGAGCGGGUUUGCAGAUCCGGACGGCUCCUCCGAUACCUACUGGCCCGUCCACUCGGACCUGGAGGCCCCGGGGCUGGACCUGGGCUGGCCGCACCUGCACAGCUUCAUCGGCUCCACGGAGGUCACGACGCUGGUCAACCCCUCCGACCCCAGCAUGCCCAGCAUCAAGGAGCAGGCACGCCGCCUCAUCAAGGAGGCGACGCAGGUCAUCGCUGUGGUGAUGGACAUGUUCACCGAUGUAGACAUCUUCGCCGAUCUCCUGGAUGCAGCUAUGCGCAGGGUACCGGUGUACAUCCUGCUGGAUGAGCUCAACUCCCACCACUUCAUAUCCAUGGUGACCAACUGCAAGGUCAACCUGGACAUGAUCCACUCCAUGCGGGUGCGGACAGUGGCAGGCACCACUUAUUUCUGCCGCACUGGCAAGUCCUUCAAGGGCCAGGUGAUGAACCGCUUCCUGCUGGCGGACUGCAGGGCUGUGCUCAGUGGGAACUACAGCUUCAUGUGGUCGUUUGAGAAAAUUCACCGCUGCAUUGCCCACCUCUUCCUGGGGGAGCUAGUAACCACAUUUGAUGAGGAGUUCCGAAUCCUGUAUGCCCAGUCCCAACCACUGGUACUGGAAAAGGCUCUGGUGCCUAUUUCAGGGGACAGUGGUUACUCCACCUCCCAGUAUGGCAAUAACAGGGUGCCAUCAUUCCGAAAUCCAAGAGGCUUUCUGCACGUGGAGAGCUCCCGGCACUCUGAGCGUUCUGGAUAUUCCGAUCGGAUGGACCUGGACCGGGACAUGGUGCCGUUCAGGCGGGAAGACUCUUUCCGCCACCCCCAGGAGCUUGGCCCCAUGCAAAACUACAGCAAGAAGUAUUCCCAGGCAUUAGAGAUGGAGAGGUCGUACAUGGACCAGGGCAGGUCUUUGAUGACCUCCAUGAAGAUGGAGAUGAAUGCUUAUAAGAGGCACAGCUACGCAGAGGGCACCCAUGAGAACUAUUCGUCUGCCCGGCAGUUCAUGAAGCACCGUGUUAUGAACAACCUGGAGGAGAUGGAGACUCAGAGCGGCCAGUUCCAGAGGGAGCAGGCCUACCAUUGGGGGGGAGGUCCAGGUUCGGGACACGGCAUCUAUGAGAAAAUUCGAAGCAGAGGGUACCAGCACAUGGAAGAGUAUUCUGAUGACCCUCGAUACCCCCACGAAAUGAGUGAGCAUGAACCGCCGGGCAUGGGCAGCUACAAUCCCAUGUUGGAUUACAUGUCUUCUAACUCCUCUAAGGAGGUUAAGCAUGGUUCUGGCAACAUGUUGGCUCCUGGGGAGGGUCCUUAUGGUCAACUGACAAGAAGACAGAAUACAGGUCAGCCGUACGUCUGUCAGAGCUCCCCCACACAACUGCACCCCCCUGACCAGAAACACAUGUUCCAUGAAUCUAGCCUAGACCGGCAGCCACAGGACCCGACUGUCAAGCAGGGCUUGCGGAAAUGGAGGGUCAACUCCUAUCUCAGCGGCAUUGAGGACCCCCCAGAGCAGGGUCUGCAGCAGCCCAUUGGGUCUGAUGCCUUUGAUGAGCCCCCACAAACAUCAGAAGGGCCACUGCAUGGUCCAGAAUCCUCAUUACCAAGGUUCACUACAAGAGAGUUCCCUAAGAUACCCAGUUUCAAGACUGAGCUCCCACGAUAUGGCAAGCCGCUCCUGCCCGAAGCUUCACACGGUCCCCAGUCCGGAGAAUCAACCUCCACGACAGCGGUCUCGAAAAAUACUACAAUAUCACCAGCCACAGCAGCCGAAGAGACAGAGAGCAGAGAACCCAGAGAAAUCAGUAUUACUAAGCAUGAGUCCUUCCGCAGUAGAAUGAACCCCUUGAUUCAGAGGAGCUCCAGAUUGCGCUCUUCACUCAUCUUUAGUUCCUCUAAGUUAGAGCAGCACAGCUCCUUAAUGCUAAAAAGUGGACUUAGCCAGAAGGACAACCAGACAGAAGAGGAGGAGACUGAUGCCCUAAAGACAUCUUCUAUUGUUGCUCAGAUCCUAGAGAAAAGGCGAUCUCUCACAAGGGAACCUUUUGAAUUUAACUUGACUGGCAAAGACAGAGACAGACAAAAGACAGAAACAAAAGAUCCUCCUCUAGCUGAAGCAGCUAAAGCAGAAGAGCCACCAAAGGUUGCUGCAGUUGAAGAAAUGCCAAAGGUUCCUGUACCAGAGAAUCCACCAAAGAUCACCCUGCCAGUGGAACUUAAACCAUCACUCAGCCCAAUCCCCCCAACUGACAUGAAUGAUCCAGACAGUAGGCUCAGGUAUUUUAAAGAACUAGCUGCCAAACGAAAGGUUUCCAAAAUGGCUGCAGAUCUUGCCUCUAGGGGUCCAGAACCCGUGACCAAAAAGCCAGACCUCUCUUUGAAAUCAGCAGAAACUGUCAUCAAAAUUCCAGAGAUCUCCAUAGACCCGCCAGAACCCCAGGCCAAAUUACCGGAGCCCCAGCCUCCAGCACCGCAAGAAGUCAAACCGGUGGCUGAGGUUUUGAAUAAAGAACCUCAGUCUAAAUCGCCCAAACCCUUUCCUUCACCCAAAUUCUUCAGAAAAGAUCCUUCAAAAUCUUCCAAGACACCUGUUCCUCGCAUUUUGUCAUGUUCUGAGGAUAUUCUAACAGAUGCUACCGACACUCAGAAGAGUGAGCUAAAGAAGGCACGUAGUCUGAGUAUCUCGGGCCUGAACACAGGGGAGUCAGUGGAAAAGCUAAACAAGAUCCAUGGGUCCAAUUCUUCCCUGAAUAUCCUGGAUGGAGGUGAAGGGAAGCAGGACACCAAAGCGUUGGAUUUCAUCAAGAAGCAAACUCAAAAGCUCAAGGGACUUCUUGGACAAAAGAGCGAUAAGAAGGGGAUGUCCGCCACUUCAGAGGAGAAGGCGGCAGGCCAGACUAUGAGGACAGUCCCAGAAGUGUCUGAGGAGCCAGCGGUCAAGACUUCCACAGAAUUGGACAGCACAGGUGCGUCCACCCUGGGCGAGAGUGUAAAAGCUACAGAGAGCAAAGAGGAAAAAGCCCCCCAUAAGUCUCCACCAUCUGCUCCACCUAAAACCAGCCAGACACGUUUCCAAACGUCCACUUCCAAUGUGCUCUACAGCAGCAACCUCAGGGAUGACACCAAAGUCAUCCUGGAGCAGAUCUCGGCCAACAGCCAGAAGAACCGGCUGGAGAAGCAGGCCGCUAGCAGCACGGAUGAUUCCAAGGAGGAGCAAAGCGGCCAGGCUGCCGCUGACAGCGCGGAGUCCUCCAGUCCCGUUGGAGUGUACCAGAUAAGGAACCGGUUCCAGCGGCCCCAGGCCAACCCCGAGGAGAGGGACAACCUGCUCAAGAAGAUGGAGAGCAUGCGGAAGGAGAAGAAGGUCUACAGCCGCUUUGAGGUGUUCUACAAAAACAAGGAGGAGGGGACCAAGACUGCAGACUCAGAGGAGGACGGGAGCACAGGCAAAGCGAAACCGAAAUUGGGGCUUUUCAAAAGCAAAAAAUAGGGCUGGGGCCGAAAAUCCCACAAGAACAGGAGCUCUUGUGGUAUACCGAUGAAAGGCAGAAGCAUUAAAGGGAGGAAAAAUUAUGCUAGUGAAAAGAGUAAUUUAUGAAGUUACUUUUACAUUGUUUACAUUGAAUUUUGUAAAAAGCAAAGAAUUCAGUCAGUAUGAUGACAUUGUCAGACCUCCCUGCUAAAGAGACUGCCAUUAGGAUUUGCUUUCAGGGUGACAUCCAUGUAUUUUGCUACAUGAUGAUGACGGGCUGUCUGCUUUGCUCUCUUUGCACUGUGACCUUAGAUCUCUGAGGGAAAACUGCAGGGUGGACUCUAGAGUCUAAAUUGAGACUGGCCCACUCGGAUUUUCGCCUUCUAUUUGUUUCAAUGUUAUUAACUGGAUCCCUGAGUAACAAGAAUGGCAGAAAAGGUGCUUCUAACUGGCGUCUUGGACUUGAAGCGGCCGACUGAAAACUGCAGCAGUCUCUGUACAAGCACUGAACAAGCGAUGUUUUCUCUUUUUUAUAUAAUUCCCUAUUUUAAACAAAGUAGUUGUGACACAGUCAUUCUAUUCUACAUCGUUGCAUCAAGUGGAUGGGAAAAAGGGAGCAAGCUUUUUACCCUUUUAUGGGUGGGAAAAAUAUGGAUUUGGGUUCGGCAGCACAAGAAAAUCAAGGCCAAACUGGAAUUCAUCCAGCAUGUCUGUCUAAGUACUUUAUUAGAAUGUUUGUCAGUGGAAUGUGAAUGCGAUUUUAUUCCAGAAAGAUAUUUAUACCACUGAACUUCUUCUCGUUUCCAAAGGGAUCAUCAGCACGAUUUAUUCUUGCAAUGAUUUGUUUUUAAUUCUAACUUUGUUUUCCAAAUUGUCUUUUUAUUCUUGCUCUUCAUUCUGCACGUGGAGUGAUAUUUGUUCCACUUUUAGAAAAUGUGAUCAAGAAAAAAAAUCCUUUAGGAUAGGUGACAAAGGGCACACACCUUUGCGAACUGGAGAAAAGUAGCAUUUUCUUUACGUGGGCUCUGUUUCAGGCAUUUCAGGUGUCUGUUAAUAUUGUAGUCUUGAAUUCAACUUUUGCUAAUGUGCAAGGAGCAAGCCCUUAACACAGCAAGCAGAGCCAGGGGUCUCAAGCAGAUUUCAGAUGGCUUCUGCAGAGGUUCACAAAUGCAAGCUGCUUUGUCUCUGCUGAUUGGAGGUUUAUUGUCCUGCAGGACUGCACGUUUAACACCACCUUGUCUUCCCUGACUAUAUUCAGCCUUGUUCAUCUCAAGAGGCAGAUUAGCUACACAUAAAAUAAAUAAAAUAACUUCCCUUGUAUGUGUAAUGAAAUAUAGCAUCCUUUGUAAACUUCUUCCAGCAUCAUCAGUAAAGAACUAUCUUUUCCAGUUGCUUUCAAACUUGGGAUUAAAGCUACAAUAUGGUGAACAGAAAAUUCAUUAAAACGAUUUUGGAGAGUUUGCAGAAUAAAGAAAAAUGGAGGAGCCACAGUUGCUCCGGUCUGCCUCCAGCAUUUCAGAUGCAUAUUUAGUAGUAAGCAGUGGCCAAAUAUCAGAUCCUUGCAGAAUAUUGUUUUGUUUUGCCCGUUUUAUUUUGUUAGGUACUUUAACGCAAUUAAUUAAGUCUCAUCCAAAAUGUUUGCUGUAUAUCUUUUACUGUUUAUAACCAAGGAGCUCCGUUCAGGUGAUUUAUGGGGAUUCUGGAAACAUUUUCCGUUUUAAACCAAAGACCUUAAUAUCGAUUUGUUACAUGGUAUUUGUUCUUCUUGCACUCUACCUAUUUGUACAGAUGCCAAAAGAUAAGAAUAUUAUUGAUCAAUUAUUAUUGAAAUACAGCAAAACCUGAAGUGAUACAGCUCCCUUUUCUAAAGUUAGCCACAUUUUAGGAACUUAUUCUAGAUUGUUAGACACAAAAGAUUUUCCUAAAUUGCACAGUUUCAUCAACUAUUUGAAAAAAACUUAGAGAAGUAGUCUAGGACUAACUAUUUUAAGAUAAGCUUAUUACUGUAUGUCAUCUGGGACUAACUACAAAUUAUAUACUGUAUACUUUGUUUUAUCUUUAAUGUGCCUUACUAUACCACUUUGUGUCUUUUUAUUUUGUGUAUAUAAUGUAAAAAACUCUUGUGCCUUAUUGUGAGUUACUCCUUUCUAUGGCUCUCAUGUUUUACUAUGCCUGGUACAAACUAAUUGCCAGAAAGUAAUACCAGCGUCCCUCAGACGCUGUAAAGCCCAGCAGAGGAAGAUCAAUGUGUUACUAUUUUAUAAACCAUGGUUUUAACAGGUUGUUUGUUUGCAUAUAAACAUUUACUCUGUAUAUGGGUUAUCAUAUAUAAUAAGAAUUACAUAUAAAAUACCUCCUUAUAUGUCCUUUAAUGGCUUUGUUUUACGUUACAGAAUGUUAUACUGUAAUUAUUGUAUGCAAACUGUAAAAAUGGGAUGAAACACCACCAUCGUUCUUUAACAGUCUAUUGCAUGUGUGUUAUAAUAUAGUGCUGUAAUAUAGGCACUACCAUUCCUUUUUAAACCCAGUUGUUUGGCUAAAUUUUAGGACCAGUGUUUAAGUACCUGAUCAGUAAUCACUGCAUCUGCUUGUAGUAACUUUGAAAAAAGUUGUUAUAGAACCAAAAAGUAAAGCAAAUAUAGUGAUUUAAAAAGUUAUUGUGAUGUAACAGGGAUAUACAUACCCGUACUGAGGAGUCAUAAUGCUGCACAUUAGAUUAUCAGUUAGCAACUAAAUGUUUACUCAAAUGUUAUAAUGUAAACUCAAGAUACCAUAGGAUAUAAAUAAAGGAUCAUGUAGCCUUUAAGGUUCAAUGGUGUUCUCCACUGCCCUAAAGCUCGGAAAAUGUUUCCUUUAGGAGAUUUGAUUCCAGUGGAAAUAGACUAUUUGAGGUUGUUAGCUCAAGCCAUAAUACUGUAUUUGUGCCAUAUUUAGUUACUGUUCAUUUUAAUUAAUAAACCGGGAAGGAAAUGAUCUGCACAACACCAUUUUUAAUUCCCAUUGGAGUUCAGUGGUGUUGAGGGCACGACACAUCUUUGGUACCAUAUUAAGGAAUAACGAAUGGUGUUUCAAUAACUGUGAACUUGAACUGUUUCUAUGAAAGCAAAGAUUUUAUUUGGACUUAUUUUCAUUUUAUUUAUUUUAGAUCUGUCCAACUAAGCAAUAAAACCAUAAACACUGUUAUAUUCCUCAGACAUUAAUACCACCUUACCAUUUUAAGUGGCAUCAUAAAUUGCAGGGAAUUGGUCACUUCCUUUCAAGAACCUUGACACAAUUUCAACCUGAACCCAGUUUGCUAAGGCUUUGUGUUAAGAAUACUGAGAAAAGACCAGCAUCAGAACCUUUAAGCUUGAUUCUUGCUUCACCAAGUUAAAACGGCUGAACUGUACACUUAUACCGCAUUUCCUGGUUGAUUUUUAAUGUAUGAUGUUCUCUUACCGCAAUGACUCUGUAAAUGCCAUGGUUUAAAUGUAAGUGGGAGAGUUGUAUCUAAAAGCACUGUUCUAAAAACGAUGAACUGCAAUAACUUUGCAGUGGUUUUUGUUUGAAUAAAAUUGUAAAUACUGUAGAAGUAAAAAUAAAUGUGUGAUAUUAAGACUAUGGGUGUAGGGAUUUAGCCAACUCUGGGCAAAAUUGAAGCCAGAGCUGCCAAGGUGAACACAAGUGUCAUGUUUAGAAUAAAACAUUCCUAUUAAAAACAAA